UUUCUAUAUGUAAUCUCACCCUCAAGAUUUGGUCUCGCAAAAAUUUGUAAUGAACAAAGCAGCAUUUGUUAAUUUUCUACGGCAUUUACUCUUUCUUCUCGUUGUUCUGAAAUUUAUUAGUGGUGUAAUUAUGAUGAUUCAAUCGGACACAUGUAGACACUAUUACGACAAUCAGCAUUUGGUACCACUCUACUGGGAAUAUGAAAUUCUUGAAACUAUGGAGAUUUCGUUUGAUAUGAUAUUUACCGUAUAUAUGGGCAUAGGUUUUCUCGUGAUUGUAAUAAGUAUUGUUGGCUUUGUGGGAGCCAUAGAGUUAAAGCAACAUAAACUAAUCAAUUUUUCAGCUGGAAUGGCUAUAUUCUUCAUGAGUGUGGUAGAACUCACAUCUGCAGUUGUUGUUGGUGAAAUUAUAACCACUUUGCACUACACUAUAGAAGAAACAACGAUAGAGUUAUUCAACAGUGUUAACUUUAUUCCGAAUUCUUCUCAUGCGAAUUUGGAAGAGUUUGUGUCGGGAGAUGGCAAUCAUUUCAUAUACAGGAACGGCUGGAGUACUAUCGCCCAUUCUAGUCCCACCAACAAAAGUUUCAUUGACUUUUACCAUAUAAUUAAGCAAUGCUGCGGACCGACGGGAAGAUUUUUCUGGGCAGUACCGCCUCCAUCCACUUGUUGCUCAGAAGAAUACCAAGAUGCAAACUGUACCAUGGCUGUUGCUCACGCUACAGGUUGUCUUCGUACUUACCGGUUAUUACGCAGUUGUUUGGGCACGAUGCAGAUUGCAGUCAUUUUCUUUGCUUUCGUAUCUCUAACUAACGGAAUCAUUUCUCUUUAUUUGGCUCGCAUUAGGGUGAAAUAUCCAAACGAAGAAUAUGGAUCCGAAAGCGAUUCCUCGUCGGAUGUGCUAGAUAACAUUAGUUUCCCUUGAGCAUUUGUUUUGUAAAAGUGAACCAAACAUUUUAAUAAAUGGGAGAUCAAAUGUGCAA